UUACAUCAACAACAAAUUAAUUAACAAACACCGCUUAGAGAGUGAGAAUACUGAAAAUGCCAGGGCUCACCAUCGGAGACACAGUCCCCAAUAUCGAAGCGGAAACUACUCACGGAAAGAUCAAGCUCCACGACUACAUCGGUGAUGGCUGGGCCAUUAUUUUCUCUCACCCUGGUGACUUCACGCCGGUGUGUACCACGGAACUUGGUAAGAUGGCUGCUUAUGCUGAGGAAUUUUCAAAGAGAGGUGUAAAGCUUGUGGGUUUAUCCUGCGAUGACGUGCGCACACAUAAUGAGUGGAUCAAGGACAUCGAAGCCUACACUCCUGGAUGCAAGGUGAGCUACCCGAUCAUUGCAGAUUCUAACCGAGAGAUAAUGAAGCAGCUCAACAUGGUAGACCCUGAUGAGAAGGACUCCUCUGGAAAUCACCUUCCAUCUCGAGCUCUGCAUAUCGUGGGUCCCGACAAGAAGGUGAAGCUGAGCUUUCUGUACCCCUCAACCACUGGACGCAACAUGGACGAAGUAGUGAGGGCGUUGGAGUCGGUGCAGAAGGCAUCAAAGCACAAAGUUGCCACCCCGGCCAACUGGAAACCAGGUGAAGCAGUGGUCAUCUCUCCCACCGUCUCCAAUGAAGAGGCCAAACAGAUGUUCCCCAAUGGCUACAACACCGUCCACCUUCCUUCCAACAAGGACUACUUGCGUUUCACUAAUGUAUGACUCACUCUAUAUGAUCCAGUUAGUAUCAUAUAUAUAUAGUCAUGUAUGUUGGAGGAGGAAGGACCUACCCACUAAAUGAUAUGUAGAUGUAUGUAUCCUCUCUAUAUGAGUGACUUGCAAAUUACCUAUAUCAAGAGGACAUUAUAAUAUAUGCAUACUUUGUUAAA